UAUGCUCAUUCACUUAUUUCACGGAAGGGACAAGACCAACUCACCACAAAAUAUCGGACAAGACAAGAUACUUUGGGACCAUCCAACAAUGGUCUCAAACGUAGGCAAUGCUGAGGCGCAGUAAGCGAUCCCGUGAUCGCAAAUCUCCAACCGAAUCUACCUCAAGUUCUUCUGCUUCAAGUAUGAAGAGCAAGUCUCGACGAAGAGCAGACAAAUCGGACGGGAACGCUGGAAAACGGGAUGACAGUGAUCGUUCGACGGCAACGGAUAGUUCAGAGGAAGCAAGUGUUGAAGGAAACCGUAAAGUUAGCGAGAAAACAGAAGGCCAGUCUGGCAGUGGAAGGCAAGGGUCGGGAUCAGAUAUAGAAGCACCGAGCACUCCUAGUAGCAGUGGUCGAACAAGCGCCACAGCAGAGGUGGGAUUGUUGGGCUUGACACCUGGUGAUUCUGGUAUUGAGAAAACUCCAACCCCUACGCCGCAAGAAGGGAAAAGAAUCAUAGCGAAGCCGCCAAAGAAGAGAAAGGGAAACGAUUUCGAAGGCGAAGCUGGCCAAAUGAUGGAAACGCGGCCACAUAUCGAUUUGUCCGACUGGAAGGACCACCGUGUCCUGGCCAGGAAGGACCAUAUGUAUGUACCUGGUGUCAUCAAGGUGAUACACCAGAAUAGUCACUUGGGUGUUCUAUUGGAUUCGGACAAGGACUUUACAUUCUAUAAUUAUGUUAUUGAGACGAGAAGUUUGGACAUCGUUAGUGACCAUUCUCCUUCUGCCAGUAUGGUGAACAUUGGUAGUAAGGUCUGCGUGCGAAUCAAUGCUGAUGUCAGCGCUUUCUAUGAAGGGAAGGUCAUUGAGAAGAAACUGCAGCCUGUGAGCUACCAUGUUAUGAUCUGCAACAAGGAGGCAGCACAGGGAAUGCAGGAUGUUUGGGUACCAAGAGCGAUGUUGCGAUUGUUACAGCCUCCAUGGCACGAGGAUUUGGAAGAACUACUAGAGCAGUUGGAAACUGUGUCAGUCAGUACAACAUCUCCAGGUGUUGUGUCGCCAAAAGUUGAGCAGUCACCAGUUUCAAUGCCUCAGCCGCAGAUCUCUCCACAACCUCAGCAUCAACCCAAACCUCAACCGCCACCACCGCAAGUGCAGAUGCAUGUGGCACCACCAUUACAGUCGCCACCUCAGCCACUACCACAGCCACCACCACAGCCAGUGCCACCGCAGAUGAGGCCAUUGCUGGAGCAACCCAGUCCAAAGGAACAACACUUCUAUCGGGAUCGGGAUCGGAUGGUGGAGUUUGGGCCUGAGGAUUCUGAUGAAGAUGAUGAUCACCAGGAUGAAGUCUCGUUUGAAUCGGAAGGGUUCUCAACUCCAAGAUCUGGGAGCAUCACACCAGCUCGUGGGAAGGGGAUCUGUACGAGUGCUGGAAUUAGCGGGGGCAGCGGGAGCAAGCAACCGCCAAAGAAGAGAGAAUGUGCCCGAAGCAGGAGUGCCCAGUCGGUUGAAAGUCGUGCAAGUACACCACGUUCGCCCAUCACGGCCCAGAAGUAUAAGAAAGGCGACGUGGUAUCAACACCGAAUGGUAUACGGAAGAAGUUCAAUGGGAAGCAGUGGCGACGUUUGUGUUCCAAAGAAGGCUGCACAAAGGAGAGCCAGAGACGCGGAUACUGCUCACGCCAUCUGUCUUUGAAGGGUAAAAGUCUGCGAGCAGCUGCGCUCACAUUCCCUGGUCGUAGAAAGGGAGAGUUGAAGGAGGGUCAGAUCGAGUGGGAGGAUGCAGAGGGUUACGGUGACGAUAGACGUCUAUCUGGACGAUAUGAUGUUCUUGAUGAGACUGAAGCUGCUAAUCUUCUGGUAUCACUCGGAAACUCCAGGUCCACAACACCAGCAUUUUCACCAACACCGGGCCAGAAUCCGAUCUCACCACACCACUCGGCAUCACCGCUUGGAUAUCGUAGUGGCUCUGCUUCCACCUUCACACCGAUUUCCCCACACCCUGGGAUGUCGCAUGCAGGAAUGAUGGCAUCGCCAAGACGCUCAUGGAGUGCAAGCACUCCGAAAUCUGACCGUUCAUCUGGAACUGGUGAACUGGUAUCUCCUAUCACUCCACGUCACAGCACUGGAAGCAUCAGUGCAGCCUCUUCAUACCAGGCACAGAUGGAGCAGUAUGGAAUACAUCUUGAACACAAGCCGCAUUUGGAUCCGAUGAGUCGCAUGGGAUCAUAUGUACAUCCGAAACAGGAACAAGACUCGGGAAUCGAGCUGACCUGCAUGACUCCGACAUCGGUCAAUGCAAUGGUGCAUAGUGGAAUGGCACAGGGCCAAGAGAUGCACACUCCGCAGAAGUAUCUCCCGCACUUGAAGGCACAGAUGAUGUAUGAGCAGCAGAGCCCGAUGCAUAAAUCGCGGGAAGAGGACCAGGUGCGGUACGAGCAGCGCAUCAUGUCGCGGCAGAGUUCAAGCGAGGCAUCAUCGGCGAGUCAGCUGUCAACGGAGCAGCAAGCACUGGACAGCUUGUUCAAGGUCGUGCAGGACAAGUUCCCGCCUGGUCCGUCCUCCGCUGCGGGGUCGCACCAGAUUCCUCACUCCUCGACGUCAUCGUCCUCAGGAAGCCAAGGUGCGAUAACCUUGCAGGCAUUGCCAAUGUCGGCCGUUGCGCUCCACCCCACGCCAGCCACGUUACUCCCCGUGAUGCCCGUCGGGGGUGAAGCGAGGACAGACAGCAGUCCAGCAUCUUCUGGAGGAGACACGAAAACGACUGGCCAACCCACUCAGAGUAUAAUGACCCUAGGCAAAUUAUAUCAUGCCUCGGAGAGAGAGUCGUUGGAAGUUUUUCCCUGGCACUCACUGGUCCCGUUUCUAACCAACACGAGUACGCAGACGUCACCCCCGGCAACCGCAUCGUCAACACCCCAACUUCCGACUCCCACGACCACCACAGCACCCGAGGCAGUUGCAGAGGAGCAGUCCAGCCCUUCACCUAUAGGUGAUAAGGUCGACUUGCCCCCGGUCGCAGACGAUGACGACGAUGAUGUCUUCGUCACCAUAGACGCACCACUGGAGGAGAUACCGCUGAAACGCCGGACACAGUCACUAAGCGCGCUGCCCAAGGACGACCCAAAGAGCCCAAGGAAGAUAAAGGACAAGGAGCAUAUCCGACGUCCGAUGAACGCCUUCAUGAUCUUCAGCAAGCGCCACAGGGCGUUAGUCCACCAGCGCCACCCUAAUCAGGAUAAUCGUACUGUCAGCAAGAUCCUCGGUGAAUGGUGGUACGCGCUCGGGCCGAGAGAGAAACAGAAAUAUCACGACUUGGCCUUUCAGGUCAAGGAGGCGCACUUCAAGGCUCAUCCCGACUGGAAAUGGUGCUCAAAAGAUCGUAAGAAGUCCAGCACGAGUUCUGCCCAAGGAGGACCGGGUGUUCCCCGGAAAGGCAGUACAUCGGAGGAAGCGGGGCCAAGUCAUGGACAUGGAUCAGGUCAGCCGCUGCCUUCUCAAGGUCAAGGUCAAGGUCAGCGGCAAGGUCAACCCCUCCCGGCCAGUCAGAUCUCACCAGGGUCGUUCCUGGCCGCGCCAAUGCCGUCGCUUGGAGAUUACGAGAAGAAGCGAUCAUAUUCGACGUCUGCUGUGGAUAUGGGGAGUGACCACGGAGGAGGGGCAGGUAGUGCCCCCUAUAUGACACAUCUUUCACCCUCACAGCAUCCGGGAAACUUGCAAGGUGCUCUGGACCAAGAGCAGGGCCAGGGCGCUAUCAUUCCAGCUCAACUCAAACCUUCUUCAGACCAUUCCCGACCUAUCGCUACUAGUGGCAAUAGGCGGGAUUCGGUCAAAAUGGCCGCCGACGAUGAUGACGACGUUAGCGAUGACGAGAGAUUGAUCAUUGGAGACGCAGAUGAUAUGGAUAACGAUGAUGAAUUAGCUGCAGCCGAUACUGGCGGCAUCGACCUCAACUGCAAAGAACACGUCUCGGACAGCGAUAUGGACAGCCAAUCAGAAGACGAGGCCCUCAUCGAAAACAAAGCGUUUCCACAGCAACGAUUCUCUCCCGUCAUGAAACGCGUGUCACCGUCGGACGUCACUCUACGACCGAAGCCUAUAAAAAUGAAACCGGACUCGCCGAUCCGGGGUCAUUUACGUAAUCACAGCUUACCACAUCGCUCAUUGGACGAUUCAGUUUUAUUACCCCGCCCAUCUUCAAACGGUUCAAGUUUCCAACCAAAGGGGGCAGUAUUUAAAGUGCAUUCACCUAAAGGUAGGACCGGUAGCCUUUCUCAGUUGGACCCAGUUUACGAACCUCUUUACAUGGAAUCUCCUGCUAGUGAUGCCAGCAAUGGUGAAUUAUUAGUAAAAGUUUCUAGUCAGCGCCCAAAUCAAGUGAAGACAAUACAUAAUAUCACUGUGAUGUCAACGGACGAUAAGGUGAUUUUGUCGUCGGAUUCAGAGACUCAUUUGGGAGCCCAGAACGGUGUUGGUCCGAUCAUGGGCAAGAUGCCACAAAAAGCUCCAAAGCCACCUCCGUUGCCAGCGUCAAACAUUCCACAACAAGUCAGUAGGAGUUCGGUAUCCUGGCAACAGGCGGCGCCACUAACACCUCUGACAACGCAGGUGUCUAAUACGUACACGACGACAUUCAAGUCGAUCACGACGCCGAUCCCGAUCGCUUCUAAGCCUGUGAUGUCACAAGUGAAUAACGGCGGCCCGAAAACGCCACUUGGAAUCGCGCCGCAAGUGACAGUUCAAGCGACAUCACCGUUAAAAAAUGUUGGCACGUUUUUUGUACCUGGCGCACCCUAUAUUCUCAGUGCCCCCCUGACUCCGACCGCUACAGUGAGUAGUGUCAAUAUUCCGAAAGCCUUGACUCCAGUGACUGCUGUACCACAAUCAUCGCCGGGAAAUGGCGGUAUGUUAACUGCAACAAUACGGAAUCUGGCGCCGCAAAAUACUCAGCCAGUUUCUGCGCCUUAUACGACACAAGCUCUGGGUCAAACGAUGCUGGCUAAUGUUGUGUUUAAAGGUAGUGGCUCUGGUGCCAUGCCACAAAGCCCAGCGCCUCUCAGCCCUGCGCCAAUCCGUGUGUCAACACCUACUCACGUGCAGUACAUUUUACCGUCAUUGACAGUUCAAGCAACCCCAGGGGGGAAAUUACAGAACGUCCUUCACAUGGCUUUGCCAGGCACGCAUGUUCCAGCCGGAAAUAUUCAGUUGACACUACCGAGCCAAAUUCAGCAACAUGCUCAAAUUCAGGGGAAUAAGAUUCAGUUGACGCAACCACCUGGGGUCAGUGUCGCUCAUCAGAAGGUCAUACAAGCACCCCAGAGCCCGGGCCUAGGAGUUUCACAGUCGCCUCAGCCACAAACUGUGCAAGUGAUCCAAGCUCAAAGUCCAAAACAGGCUAUGGUCCAGCAUCCACAAGUGGUUGCCCUUAGUAACCCUUCGGUCACUGUGGCAACAAGUCAACAGAUGCAGCAAUACCAGUAUCAAGUGCAGCAGUACCACCAAGCUCAAGCUCAGCAGCAGGCGAGGUCUCAACAGCAGUACCAUGUUCAGCAGGUUCAGCAACAACCGGUUCAGCAGCCUACCACACAGCAGGUCCAGGCACAACACCCCCAAUCUCAACAACAGCAAAUUCAGCAGCUCCAGCGACCAGUUCAGCAGCACUCUCCUCUGCCUCAACAAAAACACCUCGUCAGACAGCAGACGAUCCCUCUAUCACAGCCACAGUAUCAACAGCAACACGUGCAGCAACAGUCCCAUGUGCAGCUGCAUUCACCCGGGCAGCAAUCCGUGCAACACGUGCCACAGACGUCAAUGCAACACGUGCCGCAGACGCCAAUGCAACACAUGCCGCAGACGUCAAUGCAACACGUGCCGCAACCCCAACCAACAGUGCAGUACGUGCACGUGCCACAGCAUCCAACAACAGUGCAACACACGCCACAGCACUCACAACAUCAGGUACUUCAACAACAGGCUGCAGUGACCCAGCAGUCCCAGUUACAACAACAACACGUGCAACAGCAGGUUCACGUGCCGCAGCAGCCAACGCACGUGCAGCAGAUAUCUCACUUACAACAACAGCAGUCACAUUUACAACAAGUUCAGCAACAACAACAAUCACAUCAACAACAGCCACAAAUACAUCAACAGUCACAUUCACAACAACAGUCACAUUCACAACAGCAAUCACAUUCACAACAACAAUCACACCAACAACAGCAAUCACACACACAACAAUCACACAUACAACAACAGCAACAACAGUCCUAUAUACAGCAACAGUCACACCUUCAACAACAGCAACAGUCACAAUCGCAACAACACAUUCUCCAGCAGCAGACGUCGCCAUCGCAGAGGUCACCGCAGCCGCAGUAUCAGGUGAUACCAGUGGAACAGCUGUCGUCGCAUCAACAAAGACUGCUGCUACCCUCUAACAAGGUCUCCUAUGUCUCACCGAACACACCCACGACGCCCAGCACUCCUCUCAGUAAGCAUGGCGAUGGAGUCGCACCAACAUACAUCAGCUACAUUGCAAACGUACAGCCAGUGGGAGGCCAAUCUCCCCAGCACGUCAUCCUCCAGCCGCAGCCCGUUCGAUCCCCGGCACCCUCCACCCCUCUGACGCCAUCUGCUCCGGCCAACAUCUCUCAAGUGUCCCCAGGCUCCGGUCAAACCAUCAAAUACACACACAAUGUCCACAGUCCACCACAGAGUCACAGUCCUGCAAUUUAUCAAGGUGGGAUGAAUAUCAAGGGAGAUAUCGGCUACGUAACGAGUACAGCCUCCCAGCCCAAGCCGCUGCGCGUGAAAGCAUCCGUAGCUAAUAUUCCUGUUGCCACGGAGUCACUGCAGGCAGUAGCUCCUAGCAACAAAGCUCCAGUGACUCAGACAACUGGUAGUCUGCGGCAUGAGGUGAUGGAGCAGCAUCCGCACACGCCGGAUCACAGCAGUAGGAGAUACUUCUUUCCCUCCCUGAGUGAUAUGAACGUCCCAAGUCCCAUCAGCGAUCGCCCUGUUGAACCCUCAGACAGCCAAAACAAUGAAGGAAAACCCCAGCGAGCCUGCAAGGGCAAACGUUACAAAGAAAUCGUGGCCGAGAGUGGGUUAAAGGCGUUGAAAAGGGAGCGCAAAGUCGUACAUAAAUCGUCCAGUAACGAUUCGAGUGAUGACAAGGUGUCUAUCCCUCCUCCGUCACCAACGCGGCUUCAGCCUCCAUCACCCAUGCAGCCUCCCGCUGCCCCGCCUCCGGUCAGAGAUCCAUCGCCAGAUAAUCGUCGGGAAUCUCAGUCCAGUUCACAGAUGUCAGUGCCGUCGUCAAAUGGCAAUGGGCAUCCAAAACAGAAGCCAAUACCUCCCCCGAUCCAGUUACCACCACCAGGGGGCAUUCCAACCAUCAGUAUCUCAAGCAGUCCGCUCAUUCCCCACAGCCCUCUCGUACCUAAUAGCCCACUGCUGAGUCCACGGCGAGCAUUCCUCAAACGCAAUAUCGACGAUGGCAUGGAAAAAGUUCUAGAGGAUGUCGACUUCGAGCGCCAAUUUGGAGAACUGCCCCAAUUCAUACCUGACAACUCUGAGAGUGGGACGCCACUGCCACAAAGUCCAAGAGUAUUGCUGGGGACGUACAAGAAGAAAAGAAAAAAUGAAGAUGGAGAGGAACUGUCCAUGUCGCCAAGGGUUCCUAAAGUGCGGCGAAUGUCAAACAGUUCUGAAUGCGGCACACCGAAGACGCCGAAAAGUGGACGAUUUGAGGACACGAAGUUCUUCGGCAGUAAUUUUAAUUUGGAUGCAUUGGCGGAGGCUGCUUCUCUUCAGAGACAAGGUCUGUUGGCUGAUUUCAGUGACUGUGAUCUUGGUUCGCCCCGCACACCUAAAACACCGAGCUCUCCUGGGUCGUACUCGUCUCUGCGGCGGACCCUGGACCAGCGACGCACGUUGGUCAUGCAAAUGUUUGAGGAGCAUGGAUUUUUCCCUUCGUCCCAGGCAACUGCUGCCUUCCAGAAUAAACAUCAUGACAUCUUCCCAAGCAAGCUGUGCCUUCAGCUAAAAAUACGCGAAGUCCGACAAAAAUUGAUGGCACAGACAACAUUUAGUACGGACCCGGAGAAUGCCCAAACAACGAAUACCUUAUCGGCUAGCAAUUCUGGUGCGCCGAACCAGUCAAUAGGUGUCACUGGAAGCCAGGUGACGCGGCCGUCUAAUCCGAAUAUCGGGCUGGGGACGUCCCCGUUAGUUCAGGGGAAUGCUGCACCAAGUUCUGCUGCUGGUCAGUCGCAGCAGGUUGAUUUGAACUCGAACACAACGGGGGAGAAAGGACCGGUUAUCUUCAUGGAGCAUGAGUAACUGUUGAUGUGUGUGAUGGCGCUGUGAUAAACUGCAAUAAGACUGGGCUUUAACGGAUUGGCAUCGCUGAGGCAUGUUCAUGAGAUAGACUUCUGGUGGAAAAUGAUCUGGACAUUGUUUCUCGUUUGUUUGAAAGCUUGUUUAAGAGCUUUGAGCUGUAUGGGUCGGACAAUAUCUUGUGGACACAUGAGAGAAUUUCUCGGAGAGUUCCUUGAAGGCACCAUCAAGAGUUUGGUUGUCAAACUACAGAUGAUCUCACAAGUGACCAGAAUCGUGAUAACAUGGACUGAUAGCGUGUUAGUUGAUGACCGUGUCGAGUGUCAGAUAGAGUUUUGUACUUGUGAUUGAUAAGAAAAACAAAGGGAAUUUCAUUCUCCGCAAAUUUCAGUAUGAACGUCUAUCUGAAACUCGUGUUUACUCAAGGAUUGCAAAGAUUAAGUCAGGGAUAAAAUAUUUUUUAGAUGAGGCCACUAUUUUUUUAUGUGCAGACUGAUGCAUAGAGCCUACCUAAGUAAGGAUACCAGUAUUUUUUCAAACGUGCUAAGCUGUGAUGAAUUCAAGUAUGUCCCAGUUGCUCAAUCAGCAUUAGAGACUAGACUACUAACACUAGUGUUAGUUUAAAAACUGAGCAUUAUCUCAUGUAGUUAAUGCUGCUACUGCUAAUGAAAUUAAGACUUGACGUUACUGCUGUCACUGAUUGAGCAACCUGGAUUCCGAUUGUGCGACCUGACCCAGAUUGUUUAUCAAAUGUUUUUGACUGAUUAAGUCAUGUUAAUGUGAUGUACAGGAAUUGCAUGCAAACGUGGAAAUAACAAUUGUUUCAAUGAAUAUUUUGCAGCAACCUGUACAUAAACUUCAUACAGUGAUCUUUGUGAGUCGGAAUUCAUCUGAUCAAUUUUGUGUCAAAUGAAAGAUUCAGGAUGCAAGUGUCUGGUCAGAAAGCCAAUUAAGGUUAUCUAUACUCCGCACAUAAUCAUUUAACAUCCUUAUGAUAGUUACUGAAGGCAUCCACCCCAGAUUCUCUACCACUGGCAAAUAAAGUAAGACCAUUUAUAUUGGUACACCCUGUAGUUUAUGUUUUCCACCAAUAUAGAAGAUUUUCAAACCUAUUUGAGGUUCGGUGUAUGACAAUGGACGGGGUAAUGAAGAUAUGAAAUGGUUCGAGUUAUGAUUAUAAGGACAAUUGGAAAUUUGGUUUUAUAUAUGAAGAUUGUGCUACAUGUUUUAUGAAUGUUUUUUGAUUUUCAAAUAUCAUGUCAAAAGACGAUAGUUUGAAAUGACUGGUCUAAUUGGGUCGCAAGUAAGGUAUUCUUACUAAUGAGGCCCACCCUAAUAUUAAUAUUGAGUGCCAUUUGUCAGUGAAGUUAAUAUUUUAAGUUCGACUUAAUCUUCAUUGUUGUUUUGUUGAUGAGUAAAUUGAUUGUGUCCUGGGCUGGGUUUUACCGGUAUCCAUCAACCUUACCACCCCAUUCCAUACAUAAACUCAUCUUUUUAAAAUGCAUGAGAAGAGUCCAUUCAGAAAUGUGGGGGUGUUCCCAUUCAAUUUAGGAAAAUACUCUCAUAACCGCUGUGAUGAGAUGAAAUUUUCGAAUGCUUUUAUGUUGUGUCGGUUAUGUUUAGUUUAUUCCCGUUGUCAGAUAAAUGAUAUCUAAUUUGUUGUCAGUGCAGCUGACAAGUAUCGCAGUGGCUACAAUCUAUGCCUGCCAUUUCACAUAAAGGACCCAGGUUGUCUUUUGCCAAACAAGGUUGGACUCCUUGUAAAGGUCGAGGUCCUGGUUUUAACUUACCGGUACCCCUGUUAUCAAUGCCCUGUGUCUUGUUGACCCUGACCUUGUUUAUCCUGGCCUACUGGCACACUGCAGACAGACUUCGUGUAUGUAUUCAGUUUGAUUUAGUUGCAAAUAUAAAUACAUGUGAUGUAGUCAGUUUGGUCUCUUUAUUGACUGCUGUAAAUAGACUUCAGUUCGGUCAGCUGAACAGUCAACUCUACUAGAAGAAUUAGCACGACCGAGAGGAAAGGUCACAUGCUCUUGUGUCAUUGUCUUUGCCUUCGCGGCAUUGGAAUAUAUUGCAGGUGUUUUGUUUUCAUUGUAGGGGAAAUAGACAGCAAUUGGAGUAAGAUCAUAGCGGUGUUGAUGGGCACAGAGUCAAAUGUGUUGAAACAGCUGAAAACAUCUCUCGAAGGAGGGGUACCUAUAGUAAGAGAAACUGCCUUGUCUGUUCAGUUGGUGAAAUAUAGAGUGAAUAGUCUCUCUAGCAUGUCUGCUCUAUUUACUCUACCAUACUCUAUAGAGGACAUGUAUCCGUAAACAUUUGUAUCGUUUCUUACAUGUACAUUAUGUAUCUGUUCAUCAUUAUGACACUUUUCUAUUUCUGUUUUGUGGGUGUGUUUCGUCAUUCUACUCAAGAUCUAAGUAUUUACUUAUUGCUGUUGUUUUGAGAAGUCUUUGAAAAACUUUGUUGUAGUUGAAGGGCUGGUGUUUGUCACUCUGGGUGGAUGUAAAUUUGGUGUUUAAAUAAACUGGCACCAAGGGUUUAGUGAGUAUCUUCUGUGCUAAAUCCCUUAUAUUGUUGACACCAACUUUAAAAUCACCCUGGGAACUUUGGAUAUUUCUGAUUUGAAAGAAAGAUAUUGUUAACAAACCUGAAUAAUAUUCUCCAAGCAUGAACAAGGGUUAAUGAAUGCUUGAAACCGUAGCUUUACCUUGACUUUGGGCAUUCCAAAUAGAGUUGUGCUCAGGAAGUAGACGUAGCUACAAUAUUCGAGAUAUUUGAUAUGUCUGGUUGCCAUGGUGUAAGUCGGUUUCCAUGGUAUUGUUUGGUUACCAAGGCAACUGAGGAGUAGUCUGGUAUAGUGUUGCUAUGGUGACCUUUCCUCCACUUAGAAUAUUUGACCAACUUGUAUAUAUGCAAAUGUAAAAUAUCCUGGUCUUUGCAUUUUAUGUGUUCAUAUGAUCCAUAUGAAUAUGAUUAAAAAAUAUUUAUUAAAAAAUA